AUGGGAUCGCUGAAUUGCCACCAGGCCAGGCACAAGCCGGGCCGGGCAGCAGCCAACCAGCUGCACCUCCGGAAAGGCGUCGUUCUGGCGCCCCCAACGAAGCCGCUGCUUGUCCAGCUCACGCCGGACGUUUUAUUCCACGUCCUCUGGUGCCUGGCUGGUGGCCUUGGGGAUGUCCGGUCGUUCCAAGCAGCCAUGGCGCUGCGCAGCGCUGGCCGCGGGCUCCGGGAGGCUCUCGACCAGUCUCCGUUCUGGCAGCGCAAGGUGCAUUGCAUGCUGGCCCCCAGAAGCCACCCGCAGCUGCAGCUGGACUUCGUGGAACCCUGCAAGGGCCGGCGGCUCUGCGUGACCUUGCUCUGCGCCGCCCGGCUGCUGCAGCACGUGCUCAGCUGCGACUGGAUCGCCCUCCACGACGUGCACGUGCUCCUCAAGGGCCUGGGCCUGACCUGCGAGUGGAGCAUGGUCUUGCUCCUUCGGCAGCUUGUUGCCUUCUCCAUGGACAUCUUCCCACCCCCUUCGGUACACUGGCUGAGGGACCUGCUGGAAGGCUUCGUUGCUCCCUGGGAGCGGUGCAGCCCGCCGCCCCUGGUGAAGGAGCUGGAAGGGUUCCGAGACUGGCUACAGCGGAACGUCUCCGAGGAGAUCUGGUCAUGGAGGCGUCUCGCCGAGACGACGGCCUUCUAUGACGACGCGCUCAGCAAGAAACACCAGCGGAAGUAUGCGAGUAAGGCCAUGCAGGUGGCAGCCUGGGUACUCUUGGUCCGUGAGUUCUUCGUCCACAAUGUGGGCUACGGAGGACCCCAGGUGCCUGGGGCCCAAGCAAUCUCGCCGCGGUUGAAGGCCAGGCUGCGUGGCGAUCGGCUGAGCCAGACCUGGGUUGUUCCUCUGCUGCUCGUGGAGCCGCUCCGGCGCCAGCGGACUGAGGUGGCCGAAGGCUGGUGGAACGGUUUGGCCUUGACAGAAGACCACACGCAGGAUCAGCGAAACACGAGCAUCAAUGUCGGUUCCAGCACUGUGCUUCGGUUUCCCAAGCUUUCGCUGGACCGCUGGUGGAUCCACUCGCAGCGUGGGGUUGCCAGCAGCGCCGCCAGCUCCAAAUGGGUUCAGCUGGAUGCCAGGUUGGAUGCUUCGGGUAUCUACUCGGGUCAGUGGGUCGAAGAGGACCUACGCUGGCCGCUGGACUCCACCGUCUUCACGCUGGCCGGUGGCACCAGCUUUCUCUCCAUGGUCUCACCCGAGGCCCCCUCCAAGGGUCUUGUCGAAGUCUUCGGCCUCGCCGCCGCGCAGCACGAGGGCGACGUCGUGCUCAGGUGCUUCUACCUGGUCCGCUCGGAGGAUGCCUUGGGCUCCCCAUGA